GGAAACCCUAAGGAAGCUUCGUUAUGGCGGCCACAGGGAUACUAUCAUGAGAGCGGGAGAGAGGAAGAACUGACAGCAUGAAGAGCAGGAGAAUUAAUAGCGUCAAGCCUGGGCUCAGGCGCAAGAAAGGCGCCUCGGAUGUGUCCCCCUCGACCAGCCUGCCGCCUCUGGUGGAAGGUCAGCUCCACUGCUUCCUGAGGGUGAGCGUCGGUAAAAUCCUCUGGACGGUUCUGAAGCCUCCGUCUCCGGCCCUCGUGAGGCUCCGCUGGUGGGGAGAGACGUCGAACGGCACCAUCUUCAGGCCCAGGGACUCCUCGCGGGCCGAUCAGAAAGGUGUGAAGACGACGGCUCGCUACGCUGUGCGCUGCGGACCCAAACAGCUCAUCUCCUAUCUGACAGAUAUGGGCUCCCUUGUGCUCGAAAUUAUGACCAAACUGGAUCACCUUCCUAUUGGCCGCGUUCAGAUUAACGGGAUCCCGCGACUGUCCCCAGCACAUCCAAUCAGUGGUUUCUUUACUAUUGUGUCGCCAACGUCAGAGAAACUUGGAGAGCUACAGGUGUCUGUGGCUCUGGAGCCCUUGUCGGAGACUUACGACAGCAGCGGCUCGAUCCCGAAUACCGACAUUAGCGCCAACACGGCUGCGUCUGUACGAGCGUCUAAGGAUGAGCCUGGAUUCCCGUCACAGCCCAAACUACUUCUGCCCCAAAACAGGAGGGACUCUGAGAGCAGCCGGGUCUCUACACCCAGAGGGAGAGAUCAUUUGUACUUCCAAGAAAACGCAGACCCUAAUAAAGGCUCCUUCAGAGGGUCUCAAGACCACUUGAAUAUAAAAGAGGCUCCCAACACAGGAGGGCUUCCCUCCAUGAAACAGACCACAGCCGCUUAUAACGCGCAAGAGACGCCCGAUGAUCCCGCGGCAGCCCCCGGAUCCGCAGCGAAAGAUCUGAUUUCAGUUCUUCUGGGUCAGGGAAGUAAGCUGAGGGAAGCCAUGGUCGUAUCUGCUCUGAAAUCUGACCCCAUUGUGGACCUUGAUGAGGACAAGAGGCGACCCGUUUCUCUGAAUGAGGAAGUCUUAGCCGUUACCAAAUCUGCCCCCGACGUCCCGUCUCCGAGAUUUCUCCAGAACCUCGUAAAUGUCCACAACUCUCCGCCGGGGAAAGGCGUUCUUCUCCAAGGCGGGGGAAGGGAACUCCUGGAAACCGAGACCCCUAGUGGGACCAACGCCAUUGAGCUGCUUCUGGGCAGCUCUAUGGCGUCUCCUGAAUAUUACUGGGAUGGGACCGGCUCCCCCCCGGAAUCCAUAUCUGGGUUUGACGUCUUCAACGAGAGUGAAUUUAACGACCCCCAUUAUGACCAGAGCCUGCUGGAGCACCUCUUCUACACGGCCCCCAAAUCAGACAGCAGCCUCAGUGACUUUAUCAGCGACGACGACCGCCGGCAAGCCAGAAGAAAGAAGAGUAAGAAAACUGGCAAGGAUCCAGCGGCCCGUCGGGACCGGUCACCAGCCGAGAAAGAGCACACCGGCUCCGAACAGACGGCAGAUCGCUCUUUUAGGGGUACGGUAAAAUCGGCCGCCGUGGAUCUGCCGAUGGACCGCCUGGCGGAGUUGGGGCGGAUGAACGGAGCCCGAGUUGUUGUGGACACGUUAAAGGUCCUUCCAGAGGACAAGCAGGGGACCCCAAGGAAGCGAAGCAGCAGGGGGAAGCCACCGCGGCCGCUGUCUGCCGUCAAACGAACGUUUUUUGUGGAGUUCCUCUUCCCUGCAUCAUCGAAAAGCAAAGCUGGAGAGGUUACCGUGGCAACAGAAGUAACUCGCCUGGUCUCCAGCAAGAUUGUGGGGGGAUUCGUGAAGUUCCAGCAGCGCUUCGCGUUCCCCGUCGCGUUCAGCGGCCCGAUGCUUGAACACUGGUGGAGCUCGGACUUGAUAUUCAGGAUUUUCCUACGGAAAGCGUCCCAGAAAAAGCCGGUGCUCGUUGGCUCGGCCGGUCUGUCUCUGCGAGACGUUCUCCUGUCUGAGAGACUGUCUGUGAGCCGCGACCUUCGCGUGGACUGCAUCGAGCCCCAGCAGGACACCGCAGACGUGGGACCGUUAAAGGUUUCUGUAGAGCUGGCUGGAGAUAGUAAAGAUCCCACAAGAACCCCGGGGAAGGUCACUGAAUCAGCAAAACAAGCACCGCGUCCCUCCAUCAGCCAUAACGCUUCUCUUACGGAACCAGAAACUCCUUCUACUUCUGACUCCGAGCCUCUUCCGGCUGAACCAGCGGCCAAGCACAGCAUCCCCCAGCGUCCCGCCGCAGAGGAACCGCGGGCAUCGGCGUCCCAACCGCGGGCAUCGGCGUCCCAACCGCGGGCAUCGGCGUCCCAACCGCGAGCAGCCGAGGAGAGCUCGCUAUUACUCCAUGUCGUACUGAUGGUUCCAGAAGGGAAGGGGUUAAUGCCUGCUAGUGCCGACUCUCCGUCCGCCUGCAAUUCCUACCUGAAGUGCAAGCUCUUCUCCUCGCCAGAGGCCUCUCGCUCGGCUGUUGCGUGGGGAACCACGCAGCCCGUGUAUAACUUCACGCAGGUGGCCCCCGUGGGCCUGACAAGUCAUCUCCUAGAGAGACUGAAGAACAACGUGAUGGUGAUCGAGGUCUGGAGCAAAGUAUCCGGCCCCGGCCAGGACCGGCUCCUGGGACUUGCCAAGCUUCCCCUGCAUCAGUUCUUCCUGUCUUUCAGCGACCCCAAGAUUUCCCGCUUGCUGCUCCAAGCGCAGUACCCCGUGGUGGCCGUGGACAGUCUCGUGGCCGUCACCGACGUGUUCGGCGGCGGUGAGCGCGGCAAACUCAAGGUUUUGCUGGCCAUGGGAUCUGGCGACCAAGUGGUGGCCUUGCAGCGUUUAAAGCACGAGGAAGGGGCAUCUCCAGCUCAGGUACCGAGGCCAGCUCACUUUCUGGAUCCGCCACAGGCCACCUCGCAGGUAUUUCCGUCCCCGGAAGCCACGAUCGAUCACGUGUUUGAGAUCCACGUGGAGAACGUCAAAGGCCUGACUCCCCUCCAGUCCACGGUGUGGGGGGAGGCCGACUGCUUUGUGCAGUAUUACUUCCCCGAGCGCUCGCCGAGCCCGGGAGACGAGCGGCCAGAGAGCGGCGUUAGUCUGAAGCCGGUCCGUACGGCUACCACCCUGUGUGUGCCAGAUCCCGUCUUUAAUGACCGGCAGAGCCAUUCUCUUGUGGCCCCGUCUGAUACCCCUGUGCAGAGGCUGCUGCUCGGUGCUUUAUCCGCGCAGGGACUGUCUGGAGGGGGAGGGGUGACGUUCGAGAUCUGGUGCCGGUACUAUUACCCUAAUGUGCGGGAUCAGAUGGUGGCCAAUGGGCUUCUCCCGUUAUCUCGCCUCUGUGCCAUGGUGACCAUGCAGCAUCGGGAAGAAGUGGGGAUCCAGGCAUUCAGUCUGCCCCUCACCCCAAGGAUCGAUACCCCAGGAGAACAGCAUCCCCGGUCCUCAGGUUUGCUCAACGUGAACGUGACGUACAGGCGCUCGGUCAGGAACGCGGUGGGCAUGCUGGCUACAAGGAUGGUCUCAAUUUCUGUGCAAAUCCACCGAGCCUCCGGUCUACAGGCAGCAGCCAGGCUGAUUGCAGAACACGAGCCGGCGUUUCAGUACAGCGCAGAUGUCGGGGUGAACGCCUUUGUCACCGUACACCCGUCUUUCCUUCCUGAAGCGGAGCGGCGCAGCACUCGCACGGUGGCUCGCACGUUCUCCCCGGAGUUUGACCAUCAUUCGGAGUUCCCCUGUAACCUCGUCAUCCAGCGGCGGAGCGGGGAAGCCUGCAGCCUGGCCGAGAUCAUGAGCUGCUCGGAGAUCGUGUUUUCCAUCCAUCACCGGAGCGUAACGUCAGAUCAUUCAGGCAGAAGCCACCCUGCGCGGGACUCGCGGCUGGGCGAGGUGCGGAUUCCGGCCAAGGAUCUGCUUUCCAAAAGAUCAGGUGUCAGCGGCUGGUACCCGGUGACCGCAGCAGAGCGUCACCGAUCUACCGGUGGACCGUCCAUCCUUGAAAGCGUUGUUGGAGGUUUGGAGCUUUCCAUCAGCUUCACGCACCCCGCGGACAGAGAGCGUGUCCUGGAAGCCGCUCGAGGACUUGGAUGGAGUCAGCCGCAAGACCGUGUCCGUGAGGUUAGCCUUCGCGGGGAGGACGAAUGGCAGAUGAAAGAAGAUCUGGUGACCAUGUCUGUUAGCGUUCCGAAGAUCUGGCUGCCAGUGCACUGCCUGCUGCUGGCCGGACAGAAGCGGCUCCACCGAAGCACUUAUUGUUAUUUGAGGUACAAGCUUUAUGACAGGGAAGCCUUCUGCUCCCCCCUGAAACGGCCGCAGUUAUCAGAAGAUGGACAGCAGGCCUCAGUGAUGUUUGAGAAGACCAGAAGCAUAGAGCUGAUGAGACACCAGCCGCUGGUCUGGUACCUGAAGGAAGAGAGGCUUGAAAUUCAGAUCUGGCGUGCUUACGGGAAGGACGCAGACGAGCCGAGACCUCAAGAUACCGACCGCCUUCUUGGCUGUGCCUACGUGGACCUCACGGCGCUUUCGGAAGCCACCUCGCGGACCCUCACGGUCAGCGGUGUUUACCCGCUGUUUAAGCGCGGCGUUUCCAACCUGUUGGGGGCAGCAGUGAGGGUUCACCUGUCCCUGAGCUCAGCCUAUCACCCACCCGCGGCCCCCCGAAGCUCGAGCCCCUCCGACGAGAUGAGCCACAGUGAAGAGGAGGUGCCGGAAGAUGCCGCCGAAGACCACCGUGAAAAGGAACCCGCUCAUCAUACAAAGGGUGGAAAGACUGCGGCCCCGGCUGAGACCCCAAGUCAGCGGGACCACCCAGCAGACAAAGAUGUGGAGAACACUUUUGCCGUGAAUAUAGUGAUUGAGAGAGCGAUGCAUCUAAGCUUAAAGGGGAGCCCCCUGACCGAGCGAGCGGUGUCUACCCCCAGCUGCUGCGUGUCGUUCCCCGUGGCCGGCAGUGCCACCCCAGUAGCCACCCCGGUGAUCGAGAACACGGAUGCUCCCGUGUGGGACUUUCAGUACCAGACACGGUUGACAAAUGAACUCCUCGUGGACCCGCAACAGACUUUAGUCUUCAAAGUUUGGCAUAAAACAGAUGUGGAGCGCGUCCUGGGAUUUGCCGCCGUGGACCUCUCCCCGCUGCUCUCCGGCUUUCACUCCGUCUGCGGCUGGUAUAACAUCGGCGAUUUCACCGGGCAAUGCCAGGGGCAGAUUAAAGUCUCCAUCACCCCGCUGGAGGGCAUCGGACACCUCAGAGAAGAAAGACGAGCGAGGAACAAGACGUCGCCCGCGCCCGCUGAGGGCUCAUCACACAAAUCUCUUCCGUUCCAGCCGACCCCGGCUUUCUGUGGAUCUUUCUCUACCUUCAGCAGCGGCCGUACAGGAGAGGUGGCCGCCGUCCUCUCUGACCCACCUGCUGACCGGGGCGGUGGUGUCUCCGGGAACGAGGAGCCUGCGGAUGACGUGCGUCGGUUCCUCGAGACCCUGCAGCUGGCGGAGCGCAAUGCCCACAGCGCGGAGCAGCGGGGCGCUCUGUCCCAGUCGUCGCGCACCUCGCUGCUGUCUGCCCUCAGGAAAAACCUGGGUGAGCUGGACGAUAUCCAGAAGUACUUCAAGCAGAAGCUGUACAGAUCCAUCUCCAACGCAGAUCAUGAGGAGGGCUCGUCUGUGCCGAGCCGGGGGCGCCAGGAGAAGCCCCCGCUUUCUGCCCCGCGCCAGGAGGACUCGGAUACCCAACAGCUGCUGAAGAAAUCCAGCCUCCUGGUAUCCCAAGUGAGCAGCCUCAUCACAGACCUUCAGGGAUUUCAUACCGGUACACCGGACUACGGGACAUCGGACUACGGGACACCGGACUACGGCACGGACAUCCAGCGUCUAGACGCGAGCGACCCCGCAAGCCUCCCCGACAGCCGCAGCGGUGAUACGAGAUCAGCGGGUCACGAGGAGCUGGGAGCGGAUGAAGCCGAGCUUCCCCAAGUGGCAACCCCGCCGUUUUCCCUCAGGGGCUCGCCGGACCCUCAAACAGAUGACCUGGAGCUGCUCAAGGGAAGCGGCGCCAGCGUUGACGGCAGCUUAGUCGAUGAGCAGCACCAGGAAGAGUUGGACGAUACCCGGUAUGCCAGCGACGAGGACUACGAGGAAGACUUCAUCGAACCCAGAACGCUCAAUGAGGUUACGGCCAUGACCGACAGGACCAGCCCCUGGUCCAGCAUGUUAUCAGACGUCGAUCCUCCUUCCGCCGAGCGACAUUUACACGGAACAGACGAAACGCAACACGCUGGGGUUUCAUCCGGCAACAAACACGCCAUGGACGGCAACGUCUUCUCGUCUUUAUACCCCAAGGAGCAUCCAAGCGUCCCAAGCGCAUCAGAGGAACCUGAGACCUCCGACAAAGGUUCUACCGUCCGAGGCUUCCUCCAUUUACCCAACGGUGAUAGCGAGCGGGCCGCGCAGGAUGAACCGCGCUCCGCUUCAACUGGAAUCCAAAGAGCACAGGAGGGAUUAUUAGAAGAGUUGGAUAGAAAUGACGACCCAGAGCCCGAUGAGCCUCCUUUGGUUCGGCAAGCGUCCGAAUCACCGUCUGAGGGUAGUGACCCAGAAAGCUCAGUCGGUGCCUCUUAUGCUGGGAGGUCUACCCCGUCUCCACUACCACAAGCAGAUUAUUCCGAAUCUGAUCGUCCGUCUGCGGAUUCGCAACAGAACUCCAAUGCGUCUGAGGAAAGUACUGCUGAGGUUCCUGGCCGCUGCGGUGACCUUCUAUCUGAUCCCGUACUCGUUCCAAACUUUUUCCUGCCGCCGCAGCACUUAGAAGCCUCCAUGAGGAUGCUGAGCGUGUCUCCGGCUCUCCCGUCUGCUGCCGAUUCGGAGGCUGAAACGCGGAUAGCGAGAGGAAUCCCGUUCCGGAGGAAUCCUCGCCCGAAGCCCAAGCUGACCGGCACGGAUCUGCCGGAGGAGGAGACCCGCCGGAUCGCAAGGAUCUUCGCUGCGCAGUUUACCAAACCCAAGUAG